AGGGUGUGCCCAGCAAGUGGGGCCUGGUGCUGCAACGCCUCUCGGUGCUGGGGAAGAGCUUCUCAGACAUCCUCGGCUGCAUCCGAGUCUUUCUCCUCCGCCUGCUGGAGCUGCACGUUUUGAAGUUGGUGGCUCUGUACAUCAUCUGGGUUGCUUUGCAGGAGGUGUCGGUGAUGAACCUGCUGCUGGUGGUGCUGUGGGCCUUCGCGGUGCCCUACAGCCGCUUCCGCCACAUGGCCUCCUGCCUCUCCACCAUCUGGGCCUGCAUCAUCGUUGUCUGCAAGAUGCUGUACCAGUUGAAGAUCGUCAACCCGGAAGACUACGACAAAAACUGCAGCUUGCCGCUGCUGAAUGAGACCAACCUCCAGCCAGAGGAGAUCGGCAACUCUACCCUCUACCAAGGUCCUGUUGACCCAGCAAAUUGGUUUGGGAUUCGCAAAGGAUACCCCAGCCUGGGCUACAUCCAGAACCACCUGCAGGUCCUGGUCCUGCUGGUUUUUGAAGCGGUGGUGUAUCGAUGCCAGGAAUACUAUCGCAAGAAGCACCAGCUGGUGCCUCCACUCACCCAGACCGUCUUUGAAGAUGCAACACGCCAGAACCUUGACCAAGGCUUGCUGAACUGCAUCAAGUACUUCAUCAACUACUUCUUCUACAAGUUUGGCCUUGAGAUUUGCUUCCUAGUGACAGUCAACGUGAUUGGCCAGCGCAUGAACUUCAUGGUGAUCUUCCACGGAUGCUGGUUGGUUGUCAUCCUGACCCGGAGGCGGCGUCAGGCCAUUGCCAAGCUCUGGUCCAAGUACUGCCUCUUCCUGGCUCUCUUCUUCAUCUUCCAGUACCUUCUCUGCGUUGGGAUUCCUCCAGUUCUCUGCAUUGAUUACCCCUGGAGGUGGAGCCCCACCCUUCCCAUCACCUCCGUUCUCAUCAAAUGGAUGUACUUCCCCGACUUCUUCAUGAAACCCAACUCGAUCAAUCUCAUGAGUGACUUCCUCUUGCUCCUCUGCGCAUCUCAGCAGUGGAAAGUUUUUGUCAACGAGCAAACGGAGGAAUGGGUGCAUUUGGCUGGUGACAACCGGGAGCAUCUGGAGCCCCUGCAGGGGCAGCCAAACCCCGUGCCCAAUUUUGUCAAUUGCAGGUCCCACCUGGACAUAGUCAAGGUGUGUGUUUUCCGCUACCUCUUCUGGUUCGUCUUGGUCGUUGUCUUUAUCGCUGGGGCCAACCGCAUCAGCAUCUUUGGCUUGGGCUACCUGAUGGCCUGCUUCUACCUGCUGCUCUUCGGCACCGCCAUGUUGCGCUGGUCCUUGCGUGCCCGCCUGAUCCUGUGGGACUGCCUGAUCCUCUACAACGUGACGGUGAUCAUUGCCAAGAACAUGCUCUCGCUCCUCUCCUGCGUCUUCGUCCAGCAAAUGCAGAACAAUUUCUGUUGGGUCAUUCAGCUCUUCAGCCUGGCCUGCACCGUCAAGGGUUACUAUGACCCCAAGGAUGUGGACAAGAACCAGGACUGUGCACUGCCAGUGGAGGAAGCCGGCAUCAUCUGGGACAGCAUCUGCUUCAUCUUCCUCCUCCUCCAGCGUAGAGUCUUCCUCAGCUGCUACUUCCUGCACGUCUGGGCCGACCUCAAGGCCUCAGCCCUGCAGGCCUCCAGGGGCUUCGCCCUCUUCAAAGCCAGGAUGAUCAAGCAGAUGACUGCCCAUCACCAGGCUGAAAAGAAAUCCUUGGUCCAACUUAAGCGGCAGAUGCAACGGAUUCGAGCCAAGCAGGAGAAGUACCACCAGGGACAGCUGGCCAGAGACUCGGGAGAGGCCACGGAGGCAGCCACGCCAGCCUCAGGUGCGAAGAAGGACCCCGGGCCGCAAGGGAAGCGCUGGUGGCGCCCGUGGUUGGAUCACGCCACAGCUGGCCUACCAGGCCUGGGUCACCAGCACGAGGACUGUCCUCCGUAAGCGCCAGGAGGAAGAGGAACGGCGGACGGAUCCAGCUGAAGGCGGCUCUUCCCCAGGUGAGGAGGCCAAAGGGGAGAUUCUGCCAGGUGGAUUGCCAGAGGAGAGACACAGCCAGGAGGAGGAGGAGGAAGAGGAGGAGGAAGAGGAGACGAGUCCAGGGAAGAGCAACGUUUUGCAGCGGAUCCUGAAUGCCCUCCGCUUCCUGUGGGUGCUGUGCCAGGCCACGGUGGACGGCUUGACCCGGUGGCUGAGGGCCCUCACCAAGGACCACGAGCAUCUCUCCACCAUCCUGGGCCUGGAGAGGUUUGUGCUCACCCAGCAGCUGGAUCAGGCAGAGGAGGUUCAAAGAGGCAUCCUGGACAGGCUGUACCAGCCGGCCACACCAGCCGACAACACCUCGCAGGACACGGCCCUUCCUGGGACGGCAGCCGUCUCGCCCAACAGCAUGGCUUCCAGGUGUGUCUCCUUCGAAGAGCUGGAGGAAUCUGAGCUGUUCUACCGUUCCCAAAACCGCUUUGUGCAGCUGCUGGUGGCGUGUUACCACUUUGUGGCUGGGCAUUCGGACCUCCUCUGUUACUUCAUCAUCAUCCUCAACAACAUGGUCACGGCCUCGGUCAUCUCCAUCGUUCUGCCCAUCCUCGUCUUCCUGUGGGCCAUGCUCUCCAUCCCACGGCCCAGCAAGUCCUUCUGGAUGACGGCCAUCGUCUACACAGAGGUGGGGGCCCUUCUUCAGCGGGCGGGAUCUGAAGAUCACGUCUCUUGGCUCCACAGGUUUCGCCUGGUGCCUUUCUUGGUGGAGUUGCGAGCUGUCAUGGACUGGGUCUGGACGGACACCACCCUGUCCCUCUCCAACUGGAUGUGUGUGGAAGACAUCUACGCCAACAUCUUCAUCAUCAAGUGCAGUCGUGAGACGGAGAAGAAAUACCCACAACCCAAGGGUCAGAAAAAGAAGAAGAUUGUCAAGUACGGCAUGGGAGGCCUCAUCAUCCUCUUCCUCAUCUGCAUCAUCUGGUUCCCGCUGCUAUUCAUGUCCCUCGUCCGCUCGGUGGUGGGUGUGGUCAACCACCCCAUCGAUGUCACUGUUACCCUCAAGUUGGGGGGCUACGAGCCCCUCUUCACCAUGAGUGCCCAGCAGCAGUCCAUCCAGCCUUUCACCCCCCAGAACUACGAGCAGCUGACCAAUAAGUUUGAACGGGAGCCGCUAGCCAUGCAGUUCAUCACCCAGUACGGCUACGAGGAUGUCGCCUGGGCCCGCAUUGAGGGCAGCUCCGGGUCCCUGUGGAGCAUCAGCCCCCCCAGCCGUGAGCAGCUGUGGCAGGAGCUGCACAACGGCUCCUCGGACAUCACUCUGCGCUUCACCUGGAACUUCCAAAG